GGAUUCUAAUCUGUCAUACACAACUUGUGCAACACAAGUCCUCGGAGUGCUCAUGUUGCCUUUGUGUCCCCCACGACAAGGAAGUUUGCGUUGUCUCGAAUGCCUCGUUGCUGGAGGAGAGGGAGAUGUCAUGCCCACGCUUUUCAAUAAAACUACUCACCUUGCCAGGGCAGUAUAUUCGACUUCUGAAUAGGUGUCAUGCUUUCUCCAGAGAUUCCCGUCCUAAAGAAAUAAAAUGAAUGGAGUCGUUCGCGCCACCCGCCCAGGGUCAGAGGCCCUUCUGCAACGGCCUAAGAAGCGUGCUGCUGUUGUCGGGCUUGGCAUGGUUGGCAUUGCCUUUAUCGAAAAGCUUCUCAAGUACGAUAUCGACAGCGGCCGAGAUGAGUGGGAGGUGACUGUUUUCGGCGAGGAGCCUCACAUCGCAUAUAAUCGUGUUGGCCUCACACAAUACUUUACGAACCGCUCUACCGAGAGUCUUUACCUUAACCCGCUGCAAUGGUAUUCAUCACAUGCCGAGGGAAAACUCACCUAUCAUACAUCGGAUCCCGUCGUUUCGAUUGACAACAACGCCAAAUCUCUCAAAACCGCCAAGGGGUUGCAUUUCCAAUAUGACGAGUGCAUCCUUGCCACCGGUUCUAAUGCGGCUCUGCCGCCAUACAUCUCACUGCAACAAUUUCAGAAUACCAGUGGCGCUUUUGUAUACAGAACGAUCAAGGAUCUUGAUGAUAUCAUUGGGUAUGCAGUAAAUGCGCCCAACGUCAUUGGGCGUCGCAUUCGCAAAGCAGCCGUCAUUGGCGGCGGUCUCCUUGGAUUGGAAGCGGCCAAGGCUCUCCUUGAUCUUGAAGAAGUAGAUCAAGUUGUACUGGUAGAGCGAAACCGCUGGGUACUUAGUCGUCAGCUUGAUCAAGAAGGUGGAACACUGGUACUGGAAAAAGUCAAGUCUCUUGGUGUUGAAGUUCUGCUUCAAGUUCGAGUGCGAAAUCUCUUAUGGAACGAUGAUGAGAGACUCGCUGGCCUCCUUCUUGAGGGUAAAGAUGGGCUGCCGGACCAAAACUACGAAGUUGACAUGGUUGUGUUUGCUGUCGGGAUUAAACCUCGCGAUGAUCUCGCCGCAAGUACUCCCAUAUCUGUAGCCAGCCGAGGUGGUGGAUUUGUUAUCGAUAAUCACCUUCAGACCAACUUGCCUCACAUCUAUGCUAUUGGAGAGUGUGCCAACUUUCUCGACGAAACAUUUGGUUUAAUCGCUCCCGGUGUCGAGAUGGCUGAGGUCCUGGCGUUUAACUUGACGGAAGGACCCUACCACAGCAUGAGAGAGUUGAAAGCUCCCAACAUCAGCACCAAACUCAAGUUAAUGGGAGUUGAUGUCGCUUCCUUUGGCGAUUUCUUUGCGGAUCAGGGAAAGAUCAGCAGACCACUGCCGGGCGCAAUCAGUGCUCAUGCAGCUCGCAAGGCUCAAGCAACGCCUCCGACUCCGGAAGAAAUAAAGAAAAAAGUCAAAGCAUUGACAUAUCGGGAUCCUUUCUCGGACGUUUACAAGAAAUACAUCUUCACGGCAGACGGCAAAUACAUCCUCGGAGGCAUGAUGGUCGGCGACGUAAAAGACUAUGUCAAACUCGUUGGCCUGUGUAAUACAGGCAAACCCAUCGAAAAGCCUCCAGCCGAAUUCAUCAUUGGCGCCGCAAAGGAGGGAGAAGAAGAAGGUGACGAUCUGCCCCAUGAUGCUCAGGUCUGCAGCUGCCACAAUGUUAGCAAAGGCGACAUUGUGGAGUGCGUCAAGACUGGUGGUAUUCGUUCUUUUGGAGAGAUGAAAUCUUCAACAAAGUGCGGAAUGGGAUGCGGAGGUUGUGUGCCUUUGGCUACUAGCAUCUUCAACAAAGCACUCAAGGACGCUGGUGUUGAAAUCUCAAACCAUCUCUGCAAGGAUUUUGCCUACUCGCGCCAGGAACUAUACCAAAUCAUCAAAUUUAGGAAACUCAAAAAAUUUACCGCAGUGAUGGAAGCCGUCGGUAAAAAGGCUGGCGGCCUUGGCUGUGAAGUUUGUAAGCCGGCGGUUGGAUCAAUCCUUAGCUCGUUAUACAACGAGAAUAUCAUGAAACCUUCACUGCGCCAAACGCAAGAUACAAAUGAUCGAUACCUCGCCAAUGUGCAGCGUGAUGGUACUUAUUCAGUGGUUCCACGUCUCCCCGCUGGUGAGAUUACACCAGCAGGACUCAAGGUCAUUGGAGAAGUCGCGGAAAAGUUCGGAUUAUAUACCAAGAUCACAGGUGGCCAGCGCAUCGACAUGUUUGGUGCAAAGAAGCAAGAUCUGCCCCAAAUUUGGGAAUUGCUCAUCAAUGCUGGCUUUGAGAGCGGUCAUGCUUACGGCAAGGCACUUCGCACAGUCAAAUCAUGUGUAGGCAAUACCUGGUGCCGAUUUGGAGUCGGCGAUUCGGUCGGCCUUGCUGCUGAAGUCGAGAAUCGCUACAAGGGCCUGCGGGCUCCUCAUAAAUUCAAGGGCGGUGUAUCCGGAUGCGUUCGUGAAUGCGCCGAAGCACAAGGUAAAGACUUUGGCCUCAUCGCGACGCCGAAGGGAUGGAACAUCUUCGUAGGCGGUAAUGGUGGCGCAAAACCUCGCCACGCUGAACUGCUCGUUGAGGAUGUUACCCGACGAGAAGCGAUUAAAAUCCUUGAUCGCUUCCUUAUUUUUUACAUUCAAUCAGCCGAUAAGCUUGAGAGGACAGCUCGCUGGAUUGAAAAGUACCCUGGCGGUCUCAAGGGCCUGAAAGAGGUUAUUGUUGACGACAAGCUUGGCAUAUGUGCCGACUUGGAAAAGGAAAUGGAAAUACUUGUUGGUUCAUACCACUGUGAAUGGACCAAUGUUGUGAACAAUCCAGAGCGACGCAAAGCAUUCAAACAGUUCGCCAACACAGAUGAAACUCAGAUCGUAUCAGAGAAGAUCACUGAGCGGGCACAGGAACGCCCCGUGGACUGGCCUGAGGACAGUUCACCCCUUCACUUCAGUCUGUUAGACAUUGCUAAAGAUGCCAAGUGGGAAUGGCGAUCUAUCUGCAAACUUUCCAACCUGGACCGCCAGAGUGAUGCGCCAACGUCAGUAGCUGUCAAAUAUGGCGAAGUUCAGUUGGCUGUGUGGAACAUACCUGGCCGCGGUCUACGCGCAUCACAAAAUAUGUGUCCUCAUAAGAAAGCAUUUGUGUUAGCAGACGGCCUCGUGGGUGAGGAUGAGCAAGGCCGAGAGUAUGUAUCCUGUCCAUUACACAAGAGGAAUUACUUGUUGAAUCCCAAUCCCGCUGAGGGCGGUGGAAGCUGCUCGGACACCAACUACUCUAUUAUGACUUUUGAAGCCAAGGCAGACGAGGAGAACGAGGCUGUACUUCUCUAUCUUCCUCCUACUGAAGCACUCGAUGCAGUACUAUCAACAACAAAGUGGAUGCUACGAAAAGCAGGUGAAGAGCUGAGGCUCUUAGUGAAGGAUUCAGAUCAAGCGGUUGAGAUUGUAGAGCCGCUUCCACUCGGCAAGAUGAUAGAUCCGCUGUCAAGUGCGGCUCUGGCAACCCCAAUUAAAGUUUGUGGUGGUAGCGGCGCACUUGAUUGGUAGAAAUGCUGACUGACCAUGAACUUGCGGUAUCUCGUCUGUUCAGGGCAUUUUUCUGUACUUUACUAUCGUAUUAAUGCGGGAUUCAUCUCUGCUAUAAUAUUGGCACUUCUUGUAAUCGUGAAUGAAAACGCCCAUUAGAACAACAUCGGCUCAAUAACUGCUCCUUAAUAUUGUGUUUACUGUAGCGCUUCAUUACGGUCGGGUGCAAUCCCACCGAUGGCUGUCAAGCUGUGUAUGGAUGACUCUGAGACUAAGUAAUCUUCUAGUGAUACUGGCCAUGAAAACUAAAAU